CCUCCCCCUGCUCCCCUGUCCUCCCCAACGUCAUUUAGCCGCCACACCUUUCGACACUCCAGAAGCACCAAAACACCUCAAAGCCUAUUCAGCUCAACCCCUCCACCUCCCCACCAUCUGCAUCUGCAUCUCACACACAGCGACAGCUACCCAGGUAGUUCACGCCAUAAAAUGGCCGACGAGAGCAACCCCGUCGAGGACGCUCCUCAAGUCAACUUCAAGGUCAAAACUUCGAGCGAUGGCAACCAUAAUAUCACCAUGUCCGAGGCUGCCACCGUCCUGGACCUCAAGACUAAACUCGCCGGCGACGAUUUUGAAAAGAUACCCGUGGAGAGACAACGACUCAUCUAUUCCGGACGAGUGAUGAAGAACGAGGAUCCGCUCAGUACAUACAAGAUCAAGGCUGGCAAUACGAUACAUAUGGUCAAGAGUGCCGCAAGUAAUACUACCAAUGCCGCUGCCUCUAGCGCAACUAUACCAGGUGCUGGCGUGCCAACUAAUAUGGCUGCUGGAACUGCGAAUAAUCCUCUGGCUGGAUUGACAGGUGCGAGAUAUGCCGGACAUGUACCAUUACCAGGAGCAGAGAUGUUUGGCGCAGAUGGAGGUGUAUGUUCUUUUAUAUAGAGAUGUGAUAUCAUACGCUAACAAAAUCCAGAUGGGUGCCCCUCCAAGUGAAGACGCAAUGGCCCAGAUGCUUGAAGACCCCAACAUCCAACAAACCAUGAACGAAGCUCUACAAAACCCCGCCGUCGUUGACAUGAUGAUUAAUUCCAUCCCCGGUCUCCGCGAUAAUCCUCAAGCUCGACAAAUGCUCCAAUCCGAAGAAUUCAGACGUAUGAUGACGAAUCCCGAGGCGAUGCGACAAGCUGCUCAAAUGCAGAGAUUGAUGCGUGGUACUGCGGGAGGCGCAUCUGCUUUCCCAGCUCCAGGAGUGACGGAUAAUACACCAGGAGCGGGAGGAGCUACAGGUACACCGAAUGCUAGCACACCGGCUGCAAAUCCCUUUGCGAUGUUUGGUCCUCCUCCUGGUGCGGGUGGUGCGAAUCCCUUUGCGGCUCUUCUGGGUGGUCAAGGCGCUGCUCCUCGAGCCCCGGGUUCAGCAAGUCCACCAUCAGGUACAGACGCCGCGGCUGCAAAUCCAUUUGCCUCACUUUUUGGAGGUGCUGGUGUUGGAGCCGGUGCUGGUGCAGGAGCUAGCCCAUUUGGACUUCCAUCCAUGACACCGGAGAUGAUGGAGCAAGCAAUGGCAAUGUUCGGUGGUGGUCGAGGUGGUGAUCUCUUUGGUGGUUUGGGAGGUGGUCGAGGUGGUUCAGCGAGUCCUCCACCUCCAGCUGAUAGGAGACCACCCGAGGAGAUGUAUGCGGAUCAACUGAGACAGUUGAAUGAUAUGGGGUUCUUUGAUUUUGAUCGGAAUGUUCAGGCGUUGCGGAGAAGUGGUGGGAGUGUACAGGGGGCUAUUGAACAAUUGCUAUCAUAAGCUAGUUGAUUGUACGUGAGUUGGUCUGCAGAGAAAUCACGCGUGGAUUAUAGGGCGAAUCAAUAAUGAUGGUCUUUUUUCCAUAUUCUACCUGAGAGAGGAAUGAGUGUGCGCGGAUGGGAUGGGAUGAGUGAAAUGAAUAGUUAGUGAGUGGUUGAAGGGAAGAAGGAAGGAAGGAAAGAGAGAAUAGUGGUGUUGUGAUGGGUUAGUGGGUACUGGUCACUUUGCUAAGUAGGUAGGCUGAUAGGCUGGUAGAUAGGCAUAAGCUGUUCUUUCUUCUUCUUCCCUCUUCUUUUCUCUUCUGCUUUGAAUACUUCGUCGGUGUGUUUUUUGAUUGGAUGGGUAUGGGUACUUGGGAGAUGGUGAGUAAAUUGCGAGGAGAAGGGGAAUCAUACCUACGUUUUCCUUUUUUUUUGGUAAUUCCUCUGCUCUGGAAGGGAUACUCGAGUACUGACUUUGAUAUAAUUCCUCUCGCGUUUUCGUUUUCCAAUCUCUGGGAAUUAUGGGCUGUGAGCCUGUGAAAAGGUAGACUUCCACUUCUACCAGCUUCUAUAUUUUUAGUACUGUAAGAAAGACGGUUGGGCGAAACUCUAG